UUGAUUGAUGGAGUCGUCGUCAUCUUCUCAUCAUUUGUUAAAGGAACAGAAUAACAACACAGAAUGGUUAGAAGAUGGUGAAAUAAAAGCAAUACCAAAGGACUUGAUAAAGGGAAAGACUCUUGUUGCAACCAUACACGAACCAACACUGCUGGAGGAAAGUUUCCAGAACAUAGAAAUAAGGGGUAACUUACAAGACACUCUGUUGACUACUCUUCCUGGACACCUCACGGACAAGUUGGCUAUGAAUGACUUGGAAAGAGAAUCAGUGUUUAUGGAACAAACUUCUCAAUCAGUAUCUCAAGUGAUAAAAACCUUAUGCGAACGGGGAAUACCUUAUCGACGACCAGACGACUACUUUGCUGAAAUGGUAAAAGAUGAUAAGCACAUGGGUAAAAUAGAAGAAAGAUUGAUGGCUGAGAAAGAGAGAUUGGAACGUAUUCAAAGGAAAAAGGAAGAACGAGAAGCAGCCAAACUAUCCAAACAACUACAGCUGGAAAGAGAAAAGGAAAAGAAACAAAAAACGAAACAGUUUCAAGAAAACGUAGAACAACUCAAAAAGCAACGCAAAAAGAAUAGUGACAAAACCAUGGAGUAUUGGGAAGAAGAAGAAGAAGAAGACGAUGACUUUCCUGUAGAGUUGCUAGAAGUGGAAGAAAUGGGUGCCGGUAAGAGAAAGUGGUCUGCAACGGAGAAGAAAAAGAAACCAAAGGUUGCGAUAAGUAGAGGAAUAGUAAAGAAGAGAAAGCCUAAAGGUCGCUAUUUUUCGAAAAACAAGCCAACACGCGGCCGUUAGUUUACGGUUUAUUGUACUAUGCUAGAGUUGGAAAUAUUCUUAAACGAAUAAUAAACAACUUACUUUGUUUAAUAUAUAUGGAAUAUAAGAACGUGACUUGGAUACUAUUUCUUCCACUCUUUCUUCCUCUAUCUCAUCUGCGUGGCUAUUGAACUGCUGUGUACUCCGCAACCAU